CGGACGUCCAGAUAUCAGUUGACGCCCAGCUGUCCUACUGCCCUGAAUGCACAACUCCACCAUGCCAGCUGCGAGACCUUCCUCAAUAAAGACCGGGAAAGAAACACGGUGGGCAGAGAAGCGCACACCUACCACACUAAGCAACUGCGCCCUCCCCCCCGACCUCCUAAACCUCUACGCCAGCAUGUCCACCAAACCCAGCAAGAAAACCACCCGAACACCUUCAGGACCGAGCGUAGAAAAGGAACAGCUCCUCCACGAUCUCCAAACCUCCCGACGCAAAGUGAAUGAGUUGUCGGAUGAGCGAAAGACGUUGAAGACGAAAGUGAGGGCGUUGGAGGAGGAGUUGGGGCGGAUGGAUGCCAGAUACGAGGAGAUGUUGUCUAUCAAUGUUAUCACACGGACUGGGAUGUCUGUGGGUGCGGCGGCAUCUCCCACAACCCCCGAGAUAGUAUAUCCCGAAGACAGGACCAUCCGGAACCUGCGGACCGCUUUAAGGAAUCUGGAGAAGCGGAACAAGGAGACUGAGAAGGAGUUGAAUGAAUUGAAGCAAAGCCUGAGGUACAACCAACUGUUUCGUAAAGAGCAAGAGUGCGUCACACUUUUUCAGGAGUCCCUACGCCUUCGCCGUGCGCUAGCAGAAGCAGCAGAGACAGCGGCGCAAUCGCUAAAACCGGAACCACCCUCGCCGGAAAGCAUAGACGAGUCAUUACGGAAAGAGCUGACGGAUCUGAGGAUGGAACGGGAUGAUCUGCGGCAGACUACAAAGAAAACGAGGCAUGAGGUUGUAGAGUUGCAGCGGCAGCUUGCGGAACUGAAGAGUCGGCCGCUGAGUGGGAAUGAAACGGCUCGUUUCAGGGGCGGUCAUGCCAAAGAUAGUUCAACCGAGUUGCGCGAGCAGAUAAAGAAGCUGACAGAUCAACGAAAUCUCGUCCAACAAGAUCUCAACCAAAAUCUGGCCGAACGGACGGCCGAAAAGCAGUCUGCGCUAGAUGAAUCCUCAGAGCUCAAACGGCAACUGCUAACGGUGCAGCGGGAGCUGAAAGCGGCAAAGGAGAACUUGGCACAUGAGCUCGCUCAGAAAGAGCAGCCGAUCAUUGAGCUUGAUCGACUGCGUAAAGAACUGAGCGAUUCGCAAAAAGCUCUUGGACAGCUCGAAGCGCAGAUGAAGCUACGGACUGACGAGUCUGAAGAGAUCAUCAAGAAACUCGAAGAAGACAUGCUGUCAGAAGUCGAAGUAUACCGCACCCGGUGGGAAGACCAGCUGAAACUGAACGAGCAGCUGCAAUCGCGGAUAGACAUUCUGGAAAACACAAAGACCUCUGGCGAACCACCGAAGCUCACGUCUGUCAGCUCUCAGGAGAAUCUCAGAUGUCCCAUGGUAUUCGAGAACAGCGGUGAACAACGGUCACAGCGGCCAAGUACUUCUGUACAGAAAGAUUCUCCACAAGGGGAGGGAAAUGUCAUGAAAGGCAGGCGAACCCACCUUGGCGUUUCCAGCACUCCGGGAACGCGAAAUGGAAGCGCUCGCUCUUCCGUCAAGUCCCGUUCAGUCUCACCCGUUGUCCCUUCGAAUAAACCCAAUGAUGUUAUUGAUGACGAAGCACCAUUCACCGUCCAUGUCUCCCGACCACCUAGCGCCAAAAGCCUUCGAUCCCAAUCACCUGCCGACCCCACGCCAACACCCGCUACAGAAGAUGUCAAAUCAGCAAGAGCAGCAACAAGCAUCCAAGCCGCAUGGCGGCACCGCAGGAAACGGAAAGCUGCGGAGAACAUGCAGGCCCGGAGGGCACAGAAGGAGGCUGAGGCGGCGAUCGCUAUUCAGCGGAUAGUUAGGGGUCGAAUUGCUCGGAGUGAAGUCAAGCGGAGGAAUGAAGCUCAGAUGCGGAAGGAGGUGGAGGCGGCGGUCAAGAUCCAGCGUUUGGCGCGCGGCCGCAUUGCAAAAAAGUUGGUGGAGCAGGAGAGGAGGCGGCGGGAGAGCGAAGGACAGGAUAAUUCGAAUAGAAUUGAAGUAAGGCCACUUUCAGAAGAUUUGCGACACGAAAAAGUGCCGCUCUCCAAAGAGGACGCCGCGCGGCGAAUACAAGCAGCGACGCGAACAUACUUUUAUCGAAAGAGGCAGUUGAUUGCAGUUAUUGACGUCGAACGUCCCGCAGGACACGCGGGUAUGGCGACGCCUAGUGCACUCUCACUUGUCACUCGGGGUUGGUAUCGUUCGAUUCACACGAAUCCCAUAGAUAUAAUAGGUACUUCCACAUCGACGCCCGGCGUGACAAGGUCGCCGAGCCUGCGUAGCGUUGCUGAGAGCAUAGGAGAGAGCCUUGGAGAGGUGGAAGGAUUUCAACCAGAUGACAACAACGACGGAGAAGAUGGCUUUUUUUGAUGUGGGCAAUGACAAUCAGCAGCCGAGCGUGGCUUGCGCUGUGAAGCUUAUGUGAGCGGAAAGGGUGUAGGAAAAAUACUGUACGUAGUGGUGAUACCGCACACGUCCAUUAUGCAGCGUCGUUCGAUCACCGUUGCGAAGAAGCGGUAAAAAAAAAUGAAUUGUCA